GACAUCCGACAUGAAGCCAGUGACUUCCCCUGUAGAGUGGCGAAGCUUCCUAAGAACAAAAACCGAAACAGUUGACCACAGUCGGAUCAAGCUGCACCAGGAGGAGAACGACUACAUCAACGCUAGUUUGAUAACAAUGGAGGAAGCCCAGAGGAGUUACAUUCUCACCCAGGGUCCUUUGCCUAAUACGUGUGGGCACUUCUGGGAGAUGGUGUGGGAACAGAAGAGCAGGGGUGUGGUCAUGCUCAACCGCGUAAUGGAGAAGGGCUCGUUAAAAUGUGCACAGUACUGGCCGCAGAAAGAAGAAAAGGAGAUGAUCUUUGAUGACACAAAUUUGAAAUUGACGCUGAUCUCCGAAGACAUCAAGUCCUACUACACAGUGCGACAGUUGGAGCUGGAGAACCUUGCGAAUCAAGAGACUCGGGAGAUCUUACAUUUCCACUACACCACGUGGCCUGACUUCGGGGUCCCCGAGUCACCAGCCUCCUUCCUGAACUUCCUUUUCAAAGUUCGUGAGUCGGGCUCGCUCAGCCCGGAGCACGGCCCCAUCGUGGUGCACUGCAGCGCCGGCAUCGGCAGGUCGGGGACCUUCUGCCUGGCCGACACCUGCCUCCUGCUGAUGGACAAAAGGAAAGACCCUUCUUCUGUGGACAUCAAGAAAGUGCUGCUGGAAAUGAGGAAGUUCCGGAUGGGGCUGAUCCAGACCGCCGACCAGCUGCGCUUCUCCUACCUGGCCGUGAUCGAAGGCGCCAAGUUCAUCAUGGGAGACUCUUCAGUGCAGGACCAGUGGAAGGAGCUGUCCCACGAGGACCUGGAGCCCCCACCUGAGCACGUGCCCCCACCUCCCCGGCCGCCCAAGCGAAUCCUGGAGCCCCACAACGGGAAACGCAAGGAGUUCUUCUCGAACCACCAGUGGGUGAAGGACGAAGCUGAGGAGGAUGAAGAUGGCCCCAUCAAGGAGGAGACCAGGACCCCCUUGAGGGCCUCCCACAACACGGACAGCACGAGUCAAGACACUGAAGUCAGAAGUCGGAUCCGUGGCCGCGGCCCGAGGGGCACCCAGGCGGCCUUCCCUGCCGAGGCAGAGCCGGCACCACCCAGGAAGGAGGAGGAAGCGCCGGCGCCCACGCUGACCCACUGGAAGCCCUUUCUGGUCAACAUGUGCAUGGCCACGGUCCUCACGGCCGGCGCGUACCUCUGCUACAGGUCCCAGGACAUCCCAAGCCCUGGGCCGUGGGCCAGCUGCUGGUCCAGGGGCAGCACAAGACAGAGCGCAUGAUCCUCGCGCCGUGCCCGCAGCCUCGUGGGACAGCCCAGUGCCAUCGACACGUGAUCUCCAGAGGAAAGAGGUGGGGCCUUCACAUGAAGUGAAAUUUGAGCGACGUCAGCUGAGGACAUCUGCUCACCUCUUGGAGACCCUGGUUAGCCAGAAACCCCUCAGAGACUUGGGAGUUGGACCUGCGACGUCAGGGGUGCUCUCUGGUGGCUCCGACCGUGUGAUGCUAUUGGAGUCAAGGUUUUUAAAGAACCCCCGUCUUGGCUGGGCCUCCGCUCGCACAGGUCAGUCAGAUGUGUGGGCAGCUGCUGGACCACGGGGAGUGGGUGGGCGGGGGCUGGCCCUGGCAGGUCAGGCCCGGGCAGCAGCGUGUGGGGGUUUCCCUACCUUGUUGUCCUUUGUGCUUCAGAAGUCCCCAGACAGAGAGUAAAAGCAACCCCAGGUGCAUGUGCUCAAGGAAGGACCGUGGGCUGCCAGGCCGUGAGAUUCGCUCUCCGGCCUGGAGCGAGGCCCAGGUACAGAAUAGGCCCCUGUCACCCUUCCCACCCACCUCGGGCUGCUGCCUGAAAGAGACCUAGUCCCAGACCUAGGACCACAAAGGCAGGGGGUCCCAUCUUGGUUUUCAGGUGAACCCCAACUGGCUAGUAGGUGGGGAUGGCCACGGGCACUCUGAAGGCGCGCAGUGUGCGGCCUCCUCGGAGACCGGACUGAGGCGCUGCUUUAGAAGCAGAUGGCCGUCGGGGUGUGGUCUCUGGAGGCCUGGCCUCCCCAGCCCCGAUCACACACGGCCUCCUGGGACCAUCCCGAAGCCCAAGUCUCCCAGGACUGCAGCCCCGCCACCCACUCCGCACGUGUCUCUGAGAACACUGAAGCCCCGCGCCCGCCCCGGCCAGGGCCCGGCUGUCCCUCCUCGACGCCUCACCUUUUCCCGGAAGCUCCUGUUCUUGGCUGCGCUGGCCAGGCGAGCUCUGGCCGCCUUGCACACCCGUGGGGGCCCGUCCAGCUGCAGCAGCGCCCAGGCUCUCAAGGUCUGGGGCAGCGGCUGGAGCAGGCCCAGCUGCUUUCCCCGCAGCUUCCUGACGGUCCUGAGCCGCCCUGCGCAGUGCAGUUCCUGGGUGAGCGUGACUGGGGGCGGAGGGGGGAGUCGAGGUUCAGCUGCUGUGAACUCGAGGCGUCCCCAGCAGGCCCUGUCUGGGCACCUUGCAAAAGGGACCUCCCGGAACCUGGGAAGGCUUUCUAGCAGGGGUCAGGUACACCCUGAGUCAAAGACACCACAGCCCCACUCUGGGUACUGAGCCAGCCCACUGCCGCCGUCCCCGGCCCUGACGUCUGCACUGUGCUCUUCUUGUGUGAGACGGGGCUGCCCAAGGUGCUGAAGCUGGCCUUGAACUCAGGCUCUCCCUCCUCCUGCCUCUCCUCCUGGCAUGCACCAGGACACCGGCUUCCCAUCUUUUUUCUCCCUCCACCUUUUAAAGCCACCUUCUUUUGGACUUGAUUUCUCCGUGUCAGCCGAAUGUGGCAUCUCAAUAAAUCUGGGACCUCAAAACAGUA